CCACCUCCCUUUGGGCCGCCGCCUGCUGCAGCCUGACUCCCCUCCCCACACAAUAUAAGCCGCAAGCCGCAACGCUAAACUAAUCCCAAGCCACCACAAAACCACGCUUAGUUAUCGCAUCGAUCUCCCACCCCCGAUCGCCCCCCUUCCGCGGCCCCUCGGUCUCACCGGGAAUGCAGAGCGAUGAGGCGGAGACCAGGCACUGACGUCGCCGGCCAGCGCAAGCUGCGCGUCGGCCGCACCUGCCAUCGGAAGCACGUCGAGGACGGGUAGAGUCGCCGGAUCUGUGCUCCCUCUUUCUUAGCCGUAGGACUGUAGAUUUCUAGGUUUUGUUUCCAUCGAUUGGUUCAGAGGAGGGGAUCGGGGACAUGGCGGAGGCGGCGGCGGCGGAGGGGAAGAAGGGGGGCGGCGGGGUGCUGCAGGGCCGCUACGAGAUGGGCCGCGUCCUGGGCCACGGCAACUUCGGGCGGGUCCACGUGGCCCGGGACCUGCGGACCGGGCGGAGCGUGGCGGUGAAGGUGGUGGCCAAGGAGAAGGUGGUCCGCGCCGGCAUGGCGGAGCAGAUGAAGCGGGAGAUCGCCGUCAUGAAGCGCGUCUCCCACCCCAACAUCGUCGAGCUCCACGAGGUGAUGGCCACGCGCUCCAAGAUCUACCUCGCCCUCGAGCUCGUCCGCGGCGGCGAGCUCUUCGCCCGGAUCGUGCGCUCUGGCCGCGUCAGGGAGGACGUCGCGCGCCACUACUUCCGCCAGCUCAUCUCCGCCGUCGACUUCUGCCACGCGCGCGGCGUCUUCCACCGCGACCUCAAGCCCGAGAACCUGCUCCUCGACGAGCAGGGGAACCUCAAGGUGGUCGACUUCGGCCUCAGCGCGCUCGCCGACCACGCCCGCGCAGACGGGCUGCUCCACACCCUCUGCGGCACGCCGGGCUACGCCGCGCCCGAGGUGCUCCGCGACAAGGGAUACGACGGCGCCAAGGCCGACAUCUGGUCCUGCGGCGUCAUCCUCUUCGUGCUCCUCGCCGGCUCCCUGCCGUUCCCGGACGACAACAUUGUCACCAUGUACAAGAAGGUCCAGCGCGGAGACUACCGGUGCCCGCCGUGGUUCUCCACGGACGCCCGCAGGCUCGUCCCCAAGCUGCUCGACCCCAACCCGGCCACCCGCAUCACCAUCGCGGAGCUCGUCGAGACGCCGUGGUUCAAGAAGACUUCCAUUGCCAGGCCUGUAACUACGGAGCCACCGCCACCGCCAAUUGACCAUCCUGUAGUGUGCGCCGCGAAGGAGGCCGAAGACAAGGACGAACCGGAGACGAUGAACGCCUUCCACCUGAUAUCCCUCUCCGAGGGGUUCGACCUCUCGCCGCUGUUCGAGGGCAAUUCGGCUCGUGGCCGACGGGAGGGCGGCAUGCUGUUUGCGACCCGGGAGCCGGCGAAAGGCGUCGUCUCCCGCCUUGAGGAGGUCGCUGCCCGCGGCGGCGGGCGGAUGAGGGUGACCAAGAGCGGCGCCGGGGGCGUGCGCUUCGAGGGCGCGGCCCGCGGGGGGGCCAAAGGCCGGCUCGCCGUGGCCGCAGAGAUCUUCAGCGUGGCUCCGUCGGUGCUCGUGGUCGACGUCAAGAAGGACGGAGGCGACACCCUCGAGUACCGCUCCUUCUGCAGCGAGGAGCUCCGGCCGGCGCUCCAGGACAUCGUCUGGGCCGCCGACCAACCGGCCUCCGUCGCCCUCGCCGUCUGAUGCUGUCCCUGUCCCUGCAGUUGCUAGUAGUAUAUUCCAUUGAUGUAAUGCAUUUUCUAGACUCCAUUAGUGUGAUUGUGUUUGUGGGUGCAGUGUCAACAAAGAAUCUGUAUCUUGUGCCUCCCAAAACGCAUUCUUUCUGUUCCAUAAUUGCAUUGUGUUUGUGACUUGUCUUGGUUACAUGACAUCUGAAUAUGCCGUCCAUGAUUGCUGUUUUUUA